AUGGCCCAGAGCUCGUCUUCGGACCUGGAAUACUGGAUAUUACGCCUGCAGGAUAAAGAAUCAUGCCUCUUCCCGCCUUUGCUUGGUGGGGUAACAGGCGCAAACAAAAGCCAGUACAUAAACCUCACUGUGCCUAGCCUGUCGUCAAUACAGGGCUUUUGCAAGACUCAAGAACUGCGCUUGUCGACUAUAUUUCAAACAGCUUGGGCCCUCGUGCUUCGCAGCUAUAUGGGAACAAACAACAUUUGUUUUGGAUUCCAAACCAAUUCAAUACGCUUGUUACCAUGCAAUUUUACUCUGGCCAGGGAGACCAGCCUCAAACAUGCCCUCGAGUUAGUCGAAGCUGGACUCGCACGUGACUUAAGUCACAUUGAAUACUCUCUUGAGGAGCUCGAGCAUGCCUUGGGCCUACAGAAGACGGGACUUUUCAACACGAUUAUCACAUAUCAAGAUAGCCCACUCAGACAUUCGCCGGCAGGGGUUAACAGGGUCAAUGGCCAGGUCAAUGGGAGUCGAGCAGCAAUUACUAAUGGAUACGGAGACGCAACUGCCCCAAGUUCACGAUACCCUAUUGAGAUUCGGGUCAACGUGUCCACGGAUUCGAUAUCAGUGCAGUUAAAAUAUCAACAGUCGGCGCUAUCCGAUGCAUCAGCUAUGGACGUGGCGAGCGCGCUGGAAAUGGCGUUAGGAUGCGUUUUAGAUAGUGCAGCCAAGCCAGUAGGAGAGCAGAGCCUCUUCAGUCCCAAGCACCAGCGACAAGUAGAUGAGUGGAAUCAAGGACGGCCGGAAAGCAUCAACAUGACCAUUCAUGAAGCUAUCUCGGAUCGAGCACAAACUCAGCCCGUUGCACCUGCCAUCAAUGCUUGGGAUGAGAAAUGGACAUAUCAAGAAAUUGAUGAGCUUUCCUCGGCUCUGGCACUCCAUCUGGUUAAUAUCGGCGUAAAGACUGGAAUGAAGGUUCCUCUUCUAUUCGAACGGUCGGGUUGGUGGGUCAUAGCUCUGUUAGCUAUAUCCAAAGCCGGGGCGGCAUUCGUGCCAGUUGACCCUACACAGCCUGUGUUUCGCCUCAAGGAAAUCGUGGAAGACAUCGAACCAAAGUUCUUAUUAUCAUCAGCCCAAUAUGCCGAAUUGUUGGCGGAUGUGGUAGAAACUUGUGUUGUCGUCUCCCAAAGUUCCAUGAAGAAGAUCUCCUCAUCACCGGGUCCAAUCCUCUCGCUCCCAAAAGUGUCUGCGGAUGCUCAUGCGUAUGUCUUGUUUACGUCUGGCUCGACGGGUGCCCUAUGGUGCGGAGCGUGCCUUUGUAUACCAAGUGACCACACUAAGCUAAAUGACUUCGCUGGUAUCUUCAAUGAUAUGGGUAUAACUUGGGCAAUAUUAUCGCCUUCGAUCAUUAAGUCUGUUCAGCCGGAAGUUGCACCGUCACUUAGAAACCUCGUAUUAUGUGGAGAGCCAGUAUCGAAAGAGGUGAUCUCCAAAUGGGCCUCUAGACGCACGAAAGUUUGGGUCUUUUGGGGCUCCACCGAGAGUGUGGCCAUUUGCAGACCAGACCACUUCACGGCAGACUCCGAUGUACAAAAUCUUGGACCGUGUAAGGGAGUGUGCCGGGUGGUUGAUAUCAACAACCCCGAUCUCCAAGUCCCAAUUGGUGCUGUCGGAGAAAUAGUUAUCCAUAGCCCAUGGAUAGCAGAAGGUUACCUGCGAGAUCCUGAAAGGACCGCACGGACGUUUCUCGAUCGCCCAGACUGGUUAAAUGGAAUCCCCUCUGCCUAUGGAUCACGGUGGUAUAGAGUUGGGGAUUUGGUGCGCCAAAAUUCUGAUGGGACUUUGAUGCUUGCAGGACGAAAAGAUAAUAUGAUCAAAAUACGAGGUCAAAGGAUUGAUAUGUCAGAGAUCGAGCGAAAUCUAGCAUCGGAUGAUGGCAUUAGAAACUCAUUGCCGGUCCUUCCAAAAGUUGGAAUAUGCAAGCAUCGCCUAGUCUCUGUCAUCGCAUUGCACCAAUUUUCUCCAACGAACAAUGAGACGACAAGUGAUAUCAAUAUACUAAGAGGCUCUGAAUUGCAGGCUGCAGCGUCUUGGGUAUCAAACUUUCGUGAGCGGUUGGCUGAGCGGCUUCCAUCCUAUGCAAUUCCAACUAUCUGGGUCAUGGUGAAAUCGAUUCCGCUUACGAUUACUGGCAAAAUUGACAGGCUGUCCGUGAAACAAUUUGUUGAAAGGAUGGACGUCGAUACAUACGAAGAAGUUUCAAUGCUUGGCGUCAAGAGAGAACCGCCGGUUACAGCGAUGGAGAAGCGCCUCCAAAGUAUCUGGAGUAGCGUUUUGGGACUUCCACUUGAUAAAAUUGGCCGAAAUCAAACGUUUAUUAGUCUUGGUGGAGACUCGACCUUGGCCAUGAUACUAGUCGCAAAAUGCAGAAGUAGCAAUCUCAAUGUACGGGUCGAGGAUAUCAUGAAAUUGGGAACGAUUUCCGAAAUAGCGCAGCAUGCCAUUCCAGCUACGCAUAUGACAGACGAAGAGGCCACUGCAACGGAAAAUUAUGACCAAUUACGCAACUUUAUAAAAGAUCAGUUACACCAAGUGGGCGUAACGGACUUGGCAGAAGUCGAAGACGCGUAUCCAUGCUCACCGAUGCAGCAGGGUAUGAUUUUGAGCAAGGCCAGAUUGACAGGAGACUAUAAUACAUCAACCAUCCAUGAAAUAGUUCCCCGGGUUCCCGGAUCUUCCCUGAGCUCUGCGAGUCUUAGACAAGCAUGGCAGCGCGUUGUGGAUCGACAUUCCAGUCUUCGUACCUUUUUUGUGGAAAGUGUUUCUCAGAGCGGGUCCUUUGAUCAGGUGGUAUUGAGGAAAUAUGAUAUACAGGAGACUACGACUAUUCUAGAGACUGUAGCUUCUGACUCGAAAGAAGACGUGGUUAAAACCUUCAAGACUUCUCGUCCAGGCCCCUAUAGAAAGACUCGGCCACCACACAACUUUACUAUCCUCCCGACGACCUCGGGCAGAUUAUUCUUCAGACUCAAUGUUGAGCAUACAGUGGUGGACGGAACAUCAAUCGCCGUGAUUGUUCGGGAUUUGAACCUGGCAUAUAACAACAACCUCCCUAUGGAACCCCCCGCUCUAUAUUCAUCCUACAUUGCUUCCCUACAGCGAGUAGUGCCUGGCGUUGACAGCCGGUAUUGGAAGGGAUACCUGGAUGGAAUGAACCCAUGCCUGCUACCAAAUCUGACUUAUAGUCUGUCCAGGACGCCCCCCAAAGCAGAAACGCAGUCACUGGUGGUAGACAUUAAGGAUCCCCAUCAUCUACUUAAAUUUUGUCAAAGUCAAGACAUUACGCUGUCAGCAUUGUUCAGGGCCAUAUGGGGAUUGGUACUCCAAAAAUACACCGGGUCUGAUGAUGUUUGUUUUGGCUACAUCACAUCUGGCCGUGACAUUCCCGUUGAUGGUAUUGACGAACUCGUAGGAACGUUGAUUAAUAUGCUUGUCUGCCGAAUGAAGUUUGAGAACUCUCUUCCAUUCAGAAGCAUGAUUGCAACAUCCCAGGCCGACUAUCUCGCUAGUUUAUAUCACCAACAUGCCUCACUCGCACAGAUUCACCACGAACUUGGCCUCUACGGCCAGCGACUGUUUAAUACUUCCAUGACGGUUCUGAAAGAGCCACCUCGGAGCUGGGAAGAUGGUUCUUCUUAUACUAUUAGAAAAAUUCAUCAGUUCUCACCGGACGAGUACGAUCUUAGUGUGCAGGCGUGGGUUUCAGAUGCCAGUGUGAGGAUGGAGCUAUGGUAUCGGACCGAAUGCAUAUGCAAUGAACAAGCCAUGAAUAUUGCGUCCACCUUCACUAAAGCCCUUGAAACGAUAACCGACAACCCAGAUCAACGCAUCGGUCAGCUUGAUCUUUUCAGUGACCAACAUAGACAACAGGUACGGGACUGGAACUCGAAGAUCCCAGAAACAAUACAAAUGUGCCUACACGACAUGGUUACCGCGCAAUCCAAACGACGCCCUGGCGCAGUAGCAGUAACAUCAUGGGACCGCGAUUUGACGUGGAGCGAGCUCGAAACAUAUGCUGAUCAAAUAGCAUUUCAUCUAGUAUCUCUGGGUGUCGGACCUGAGAUACAUGUAAUGAUAUGCUUCGAAAAGUCGGCUCUGGCAAUUGUGGCCAUGCUAGGUGUACUUAAGGCUGGCGGCGUUGUGGUGUCAAUUGACUCGUCUCAUCCCAUUCAGCGGCUACAACAUAUUAUCAAAGACACCAGACCUCUGUGUUGCCUUGUCUCCCCCUUCAACGCUGAUUUAUUUAAAAACGAUGGCCUUAUAGGUCUUGUUCCUCACAUUGUCUUGGUUCAAGAAUCGCUCUUUCUUUCAGCAUCAUUAUCGAGGGCUGCAUCUAGUAAGGCAUGCCCAGAAGUUCGUCCAGAGAACGCAGCUUUCGUUCUAUUUACAAGUGGGAGCACUGGAACUCCUAAAGGGAUUGUACAUGAGCACCGUGCUAUUGCCUCAUCCUUGGAGCAUCAUGGAAAAGCCAUGGACAUUGGUGUCGAGUCACGAACAAUGCAGUUUUCUGCAUUUGUGUUUGAUGUCAGCAUAACUGAAAUUUUCAUGUCACUCACUCGCGGUGGCGUUCUCUGUAUUCCAUCUGAGGAUGAGAGGAUGAACAACCUGGAGCUAGCCUUCACACGCAUGAAGGCCAACUGGGCCCACCUUACUCCCACUGUGGCUUCUCUCCUGGACUCAGAGAGGGUCCCCAGCUUAAAACAUCUCGUGCUAGCCGGUGAGACGUUGAAGAAAGCCAAUUUAACUGAGUGGGCUCCGAGAUUGGAAUUAGUCAAUCUCUACGGACCUGCAGAGUGCGCUCUUGCUUCUACCCUUCGAGUAGGCUGCGAAAAAGAUGAUCGGCCGGACAAUAUUGGACAAGCGGUUGGAUUGUUAGUGUGGAUUGUCGAUCCUUCAAAUACUGACCACUUGGUUCCAGUUGGAGCAGUAGGUGAAAUUCUUCUCGAGGGACCGAAUCUUGCACGAGAAUACCUCAAGGACAAAGAAAGGACAGUGGAAUCUUUUAUUGAGAAUCCGGCUUGGCUCAGCGAAGAAAAAGCUGUCCCAGCCCGUCGGUUUUAUAGAAGUGGUGACUUAGCUAGGUACAACAGCGAUGGUUCGAUACAGAUCUUAGGACGUAUUGAUACUCAGGUGAAGCUGCAUGGCCAACGAGUGGAGUUAGGCGAGAUUGAAUAUCAAGUAAAGCUGAAUCUUUCAUCUCAUGGAUUGGUGAACAUGGCUGUCGUUCACGCACAUUCUGCCGGACAUCCCGGUGGAGGCCUCCUGGCCGUAUUCUUGGAGUUUGAAGCGAAGACUACUGGUGUGGACGAGGAUCAACUAAUGCUAGCAAUUUCCCCGAAGUUGAGGAAAUUGCUAGUAAAAUUGAACAUUUGUUUGGAAGAUACUCUUCCAUCAUACAUGGUCCCGUCUAUGUACAUCCCCUUAAACAAGAUGCCGCUCUUGACUUCCGGCAAGAUUGAUAGGGGCAAACUCACAGGAAUCGUGAUAAAGCUUCCUACCGAACAAGUGAAACUAUACUCCUUAUCUGAAUUUCAAGAUGAAAAAGCGAAGCCUCGUACGAGAAUGGAGAGGAUACUUCACAAGCUGUGGUCCCAGACCCUAGGUGUUGAUGGCGCAUCCAUAGGCAUCAACGACAGCUUCUUUCGACUCGGAGGGGACUCUGUCGUUGCAAUGCAAUUGUCGGCCGCAGGAAGGAUAGCGGGCAUCACCAUCACUGUGGCAAGCAUCUUCCAACACCCUAAAUUUUGUGAUAUGGCAGCGGUAGCGAAGCCAUUGAACGAAACGACUUACCAAGACCUCAAGAGACGGUAUGGUAUAGAGGGAGAUGUUGUCCAGAAAUUCGUCCCAUGUACACCAUUACAAGAAGGUCUCAUGUUGUUAUCAAAUAAGCAACCAGGAACAUAUGUGGCCCAGCACAUAUUUCAUUUACGGCCCGAUACGAAUACGAACUAUCUAUGUAAGGCUUGGGGAAUUGUCCACAAUGCUUAUGAUAUUCUCCGGACGCGAAUUAUCCCUGUUGAAAAUACAAUUGGUUCGGUCCAGGUCGUUCUGAAUGAGAAUAUUAUGUGGCAGAGGUCCACUGAUUUAGAUCAGUAUCUAAAGGACGACAGGCUGGCGCCAGUGAGCUAUGGACAGCCAUUGACAAGAUAUGCUCUUGUUGAAGAAGCGGACUCCGGUAAUCGGUACUUUGUUUGGACAGCUCAUCACUCCGUCUUUGAUAAUUGGUCACUAUCCUUAUUGUUUUCCGAGCUUGCCGACGUGUAUACCAAAUUGGUCUCCGGAAAUGCCAAUAUAACCCCUCCGCAAUCCAUGCCCUUCCAUGAUUUUGCUAAUCAGGUAUUCAACGACAAUAUUGCUGAUGCAGAAGUCUUUUGGAAUGCGCAAUUUGAAGAGUCUGUCUUCUCAUCAUUCCCCAAACUUCCAACAGGACAUCAAGCGUUGGCAGACACAUCAUUAGACUACUCUCUAGCGUUAUCAGGCGCAGUGUUCGAAAAUAAACAACUCCUUGCCACAAUCGUUCAAGUUGCCUGGGCUAUACUUCUAGCACAGUAUUCUGAUUCCCCAAACAAUGUCGUUUUUGGCAUGACGUUAGAUGGACGAGUUGAUUCUGAAACUAGCAAUGUUAUGGGUCCCACUAUUGCUACCGUGCCUUUCAGUAUGUCUCUGGACUAUCAGCUUACAAUUGAAGAACUUUUAAAGAGGGUCCAGCAACAAACAAGUGACGUGCAGAGGUUUCAGCAUUUCGGAGUUCAGAAUAUCAAAAAAGUCAGUCAAAAUGCGGAAAGAGCUUGUGAUUUUCAGAGCUUGCUAGCAGUCCAAGGCUCGACAUCAGAUUAUGCCGUAAAAUUGAACCUCUUCGCUGAUACUGUGGUCCGAGCUGCACCUUCAACUUAUUUGCUUCUUCUUGACUGCCGAUUAACACAUACAGGUGUUGAUAUGAUUGCACAGUAUGACAAGAGGAUUACCCCUGAAUUGCAAAUGAAGAGAAUACUCCAGCAGUUUGGGCAUGUCAUCAGAGAGUUACUUGCUGGAUAUGGAUUGAAUAAACGCCUCGCUGAUAUCGAACUUUGCAGCCCCCAAGAUACGAAAGAUAUCUUGGCGUGGAAUCAAAAUAUUCCUGCAAUCUUAGACAUGUGUGUUCACGAAGUUAUUGCCAAUCACAGCAUUGCAAAUCCGGACGCUAUGGCAGUUUGCUCGUGGGAUGAAAGCCUGACGUAUAGGAAACUCAACCAACUUUCAACAACCCUAGCGCACCAGUUAGUGUCCCAGUUUCACAUUGGGCCGGAAUCAUUGGUGCCACUACUCUUUACACAAUCUGCAUGGACGGUAGUGGCAAUGCUGGCAGUGUUAAAAGCAGGCGGAGGCUAUGUUCCAAUGGACCCAUCCUACCCUUCCUCUCGGCUUCAAGAAAUUGUCAACGCAACGCAGGCUUCUCUCAUCCUCUGUUCACCACAACACAAUGAGUUGAGCCAAUCAUUAGCUACCAGCUCACUGGUCGUCAGUGGAGAAACUAUAAACAGGUUUAGCCUAUAUGAGGGAGUGGUAUGUCGCAAUGUUCAUUCCAGGAACGUUGCAUAUGUUAUUUUCACCCCAAUUGCAUGUCAACGCGGUCCGCUGAUUUUCUCUAGCUCUGGGUCUACUGGAACACCAAAAGGCGUUGUCAUGGAACAUGGCAGUUUCUGUACCGCAGCUACACACCAUGGAAAACGCCUUAAUUUGAAUUCUCAGUCCCGGGUCAUUCACUUCUCAUCCUACGCUUUCGAGGCAUGUAUAUUGGAGAUCCUAACAACCCUAUUCAAUGGUGGCUGCAUUUGUGUAGCGCCGGAGUCCGAACGCCUCGGAGACAUUACCAAAACUAUGAGAGAGUUUCACGUCAAUUGGGCAUUCUUUACGCCUUCGUUCAUUCGCACAAUUCAUCCUGACCAGGUCCCAAGCUUAAAGACUCUUGUCCUAGGCGGAGAAGCGCUUGGAGCAGAUAACAUCGACGUCUGGGUUGACCGCGUUUUCCUUGUGAAUGGCUACGGGCCAUCCGAGACUUGUGUGUUUUCCGUAAUUAACGAGCAAUUGCGACGAGGCAUUGCUCCAGACUUGAUUGGCUCGCCGAUCGGAGGCGCGUGCUGGAUUGUUGACCCCGAAAAUCAUCACAAAUUGGUUCCUGUGGGUUGCGUCGGGGAGCUCUUGAUCGAAGGUCCUACGGUGGCUCGUGGGUAUUUGAACGAUCCUGGACGGUCACAAGCAGUAUUUGUGGACAGGUCCAAGUGGCUGGCCGGCAAUUCUUCGAACGUGGAUUAUAAACAAGAAAGUCGGUUAGGCACAACUAGUCGGAUGUAUAAAACUGGCGAUCUUGUCUGCUAUAAAACAUCGCCAGGUGCAGAUGGUUCGAUAAGGAUUGUUGGAAGAAAAGACGCCCAAGUCAAAAUUCGCGGGCAGCGAACAGAAAUAGGUGAUAUUGAAUAUCACUUGACAUCAAAAUUGAGCGGCAUCAAGCAGAUAUCUGUUGAAUAUGUUGCCGUUGGUGGUCACCAGAAUCGACAGUUGGCAGCAUUCUUUCCUCUUAAUUCUGAAACUCUGUUAUCAGGGCCAGGAAUGGAAACUUCUUUGCCAGUCUCAAUGCCAGACGACCUCAAACGAGUAGUUAUGGCUGCUAAGGCUGCGCUUUCAGAUACAUUACCUAUGUACAUGAUUCCAACACUCUACAUUACACUUUCAAGAAUGCCUCUGCUAUCUUCUGGGAAAAUGGACAGACGAAAGCUACGGGACAUAGCGUCCAGACUGUCAGGCGUCGAUAUAUCGCAUUACUCCUUGGCAGACAAGGUAAAACGUAAACCGAUCACUGAAAACGAGAUGCAAAUGGCCGACCUGUGGAGGCACGUGUUAGGCUUGACUAAUGAUGAAGCUAUUGGGCUUGACGACAGCUUUUUUGGUCUCGGCGGUGACUCAAUUAGUGCGAUGAAACUGACUGCUCUCGCCCGGGAGAACAAAACUACCAUAAAUGUCGCGCAAAUAUUCCAAAAUCCGCGCCUAGAGGACAUGGCACAGGUCAGGGAAGAUCUCGAUGACAGUGACAAUGACAUGAUAGAGCCGUUCUCACUCAUUCGUGGAUCGGAAGGUGCCAAUGAGGAGACGAAUAUACUUCAGAGUCUGCAGCAAAUAUACUGUGGAGAUAUCGAAGAUGCAUUUCCAUGCGGCCCACUACAAGAAGGUCUCAUGUUGCUUUCAAUAAAGCAUCCUGGAUCUUACAUGAGUCAGAUUAUUCUACGCUUACAACCUCAUGUUGACAUUGACCGCUUCAAAAGAGCCUGGCAAUCAACUGCCGACAGAAAUUCCGUUCUUCGAACUCGGAUUACACAUGUUGGAUCACAAUGCAUUCAGUUCAUCACAAGAGAGGAACUAGUCUGGCGACAUCAGUCUGGUCUAGAGGAAUUUCUCGCUCAAGACAAAAAGGAACUAAUGGGACAUGGAUCUCCCUUAGUUCGAUAUGCUGUUGUUGAUAAUGAAGCGCAUCAGCGUUAUUUUAUACUGACUGCACAUCACUCUCUCUACGAUGGCUGGUCUCUUAUGCUCAUUAUGGAAGAACUUGAUCGUCUAUACAACGAUAGCCCAGUCAGCAACAUAUGUGCCCCAUACGCCGGUUUUAUUAGACACUUGAACAACAUUGAUUCUGACUCUGCAAAGCAGUUUUGGAAAUCUCAAUUCGCAAACAAAUCACUGGGGACGUUCCCUGACCCCAGAACAGUAACCCCGGCCAAAGUUGAAACACAACUAUCACAACUAGCCCGUAUAAGCAGACCGGCGGGAUCGGAGAUUACAUUAUCAACAGUCAUUCGAGCUGCGUGGGCUCUUGUUACUGCUCGCUAUGCGGAGACAAAUGAUGUGUUUUUUGGAGCCACUCUCAUGGGUCGCAACGCUUCGCUACCAAAUAUCGAGAGAAUGACCGGUCCAACCAUUACUACGGUCCCAGUUUGCGUAUCAAUAAACAAUCAAGAAACAGUCGGUACAUUCCUUCGCCAGAUUCAAGCUGACGCCACCGAGAUGAUGCCAUAUGAACACACUGGUUUGCAAAAUAUCAAGCGUCUGGGGCCGGAGGCCGAGACCGCAUGCAGUUUCCAGAACCUCCUUGUCAUACAACCAGAAGGAUCAGAGCACAUGUCAAGCAAUCUUUGGGAGGAUAAUGCUUUAUUCGCGAAAGGAGAAAUGGUGGUACUUACCUACGCUUUGAUCAUUGAGUGCAGGCUAUAUAAAGACGAAGUGAGAAUCACUACUCAGUAUAGGGAUCAUAUUAUUCCAACGCGCCAGAUGCAACGAAUUAUGGACCAAUUUGAGGGAGUACUACAGCAGUUGAAUAAUGCUGCCCCUAAUACCAGCUUGGGUAACAUUGAUAUAUGUAGCCAGAAGGACAAGGAAGAAGUACGAAGAUGGAACGAGAGCUACAUGGAUCUGAUGAAGUCGGAUGCUUGUAUUCAUCAUUUGAUCGAGCGACAGGCUACUGAGCGACCAAAUGCUCCAGCGAUUGAUUCGUGGGAUACCAGCUUCACAUAUGAGGAGCUCGACAAGUUAUCAACAGCACUGGCUAACCAUCUGAGUGCUUUAGGUGUUGGUACUGGCACCUUUGUUCCACUGUGUUUCGACAAGUCUGCUUGGACGAUAGUGGCCAUCUUAGCAGUUCUAAAAGCAGGGGCCGCAUAUGUGCCUCUUGAUCCCAAGCAUCCAAAGGCUCGAAAGGAUCAUAUCAUCCAAUAUGUUUCAGCGAAGGUUAUAUUAACAGGGACAGAAUAUCGAAACAUGUUUGACUCGUCAUUGUGGUCUAUUGUUGUUGUUGACCAAGAACUUGAGAGUCAACUGAGAGAACUACCAAAGGCCUACUACGGGCCCGGAAGCCCAUCAAAUGCAGCCUUCAUUGUAUUCACGUCCGGCUCAACUGGUAUGCCUAAAGGCAUUGUGAUGGAACAUGGGCCAUUUUGCAGCAGUUCUAGGGAACACAGCAAAGCUUUGCUUAUCAACCAAAACUCUCGAGUAAUGCAGUUUGCGGCAUAUACUUACGAUGUGAGCAUGGGCGAGAUCCUCUCGACUUUGAUCCACGGCGGUUGCGUCUGCGUGCCAUCGGAGGAAGAUCGACUUAGUAGAUUGGCAUUGUCAAUCAAUGCCUUGAAAGUCAAUUGGAUCUUCCUAACACCAACCGUGGCGGCUUUGCUGAAUCCAGAAGAUGUUCCUGGAUUGAAGACAAUGGUGCUAGGGGGAGAACAUGCAACGGCAGAAAACUUCAAAUCGUGGGCUUCACACCUGUAUCUUAUCAACUCCUACGGUCCUGCUGAAUGCGCAAUCUGGUGCGCAUGUGCACCAGGCGUAAGCCCUACGUCCGAUCCUUCAAAUAUUGGCAGGCAAGUUGGUGCUUCUCUCUGGGUGAUAGAGCCAACCAACCCACACAGAUUAGCUCCCAUCGGUUGUGUUGGUGAGCUUGUAGUUAUAGGACCAACCCUGGCGCGCGAAUAUCUUAACGAUCCUGCGAAGACCGCAGCUGCGUUUCUAGAGAGUCCACAAUGGGCGGAUGGGGUUUAUCCCACAGAACGGCGAAUGUACAGGACAGGUGAUCUCGCACGAUAUGGCACAAAUGGAAAUAUACUCAUUGUUGGCCGCCGCGAUACACAAGUUAAGCUUCAUGGGCAACGUGUUGAACUGGGUGAGAUCGAGCACCAAGUCAUGCAAUGCGCCCCUCCAGGAUGGUUCCCCAUUGUUCAGAUGCUCAAUGUAUCUGUGAGUGGAAAAGAUGCUACUCUGACAGCUUUCAUCCAUAUUCGCAAGGACUCUGCGCCUAUCUCUAGCUCGGAUGUGAUGACACUAUCCAUUACGGACGCUGUGAAGACCGCUCUUAGUCAACUUCGGUCAGACUUAGAACAAGUGCUUCCAUCCCACAUGGUCCCAUUAGCCUUUAUUCCCGUUAGUCAUAUACCUCUAACGGCUGGAGGAAAAGUUGAUCGUGGCGUGCUACGGAAAUUUGGUGAGAGCUUAACCAAAGACCAGCUACGCCAUUACUUCCUAGUCGACCAGACAGCAUUACGUUUGCCAUCAACUGAAAUGGAAAAGAGACUCCAUUCGCUAUGGGUAAGAGUCCUUGGUGUAGAUCCUGGAUCUGUGGGAGCAGAGUCCAACUUUCUGCGAAUUGGAGGAGAUUCAGUGGCUGCCAUGAGAUUAUCCGCCGCUGCACGAGAAGAUGAUAUAUCUCUGGCAGUCAGAGAUAUUUUCAGUUCACCAAGGCUAGAAGACAUGAGCAAAGCCGCCGCACCUAUUUCCUUAGUUGAAGCUCCUGGUGCAUUGUAUACUCCAUUCUCGUCCCUAGGCAUUCGGGAUUUACCUCAAUUCCUCGAAACUGUCGUCUAUCCUCGGAUUGCGAAUGAACCCGACGAAAUUGAAGACAUACUUAGGGGAACCGAUUACCAGCGCUGGGUUCUUGGAUGUGGCCAAUUGAAAACCCGGGGGUAUAACAACUACCUCGCAUUCCGUUUUAAAGGGGCCCUGGACCUGUCGCGACUUCGUACUGCCUGCAGUAAGAUACUUGAGCGUCACGCUAUUCUACGCACGGUUUUCAUUGCCUACAAGCGUCAGCUUUUUCAGGUUGUCUUAAAGCACCUUUCGGUCGAGUUCAUUGAACUAGAAUGUAGCGACGAACCCGCCGAUAGAAGAUCGAUCUUUACCAGUGACAUGGCACUUCCAGUAUCCCUCGCACAAACAAGCAUUCAAUUUAUAUUUGUGAAAUACGGCCCUAAUGAUAACGAAUUAUUGAUGCGUGUGUCACACGGCCUAUACGAUGGCAUAUCGUUACCAAUUCUAGUCCAAGACCUGAAGGCGGCCUACUGUGGUGAAGACUUUAGCUCUAGUUUGCCUUACUCAGCAUUCAUUCAUGGCUCUUCCCAAACAACAGAUGCGUCCAAUGCCGAGUCAUUCUGGCGAGAAGAGCUCAAAGGUUCUGUGAUGACGAACGUUCUUAAUCAUUCAAAGCCGCCAUUUUCUAACUUGGUUAACAAGUCUCUCAAACGAACUGUCGCAGCUCCAUCGAUUUUGUCACAGGGUAUUACCUUCGCUACAGCGGUAAAGGUUGCGUGGGCAUUUGUUCUAGCACAGUUAUCGGGUCGUUUAGAUGUUGUCUUUGGACAAACCACUACGGGACGCAAUGCUCCCAUCCAAGGAAUCGAUAAAAUCGUCGGGCCCUGCAUGAAUCUUAUCCCUAUCAGAGUCAAACUGGAUCCUCAGCUAUCGAUAUCAGAAAUAAUGCUACAAGUGCAGAACAAGCAUUUGGACAUUUCAGCCUACGAAUUGUUAGGAUUCCAGAAUAUUAUUGAGAAAUGUACCACUUGGCCAAAUUGGACAAGAAUGAGCUCAAUCCUGCAGCACACCAACUUCAAUGUUGGGAUGGACGAUAUGGACUUGUGGGGGAAUAUCGAGAUGCAUCUAGGAAAUUUCACGCCUGAUCAUGACGUAUCGGACAUAUGGAUCUGGACAGGUCCAGCCGGGGAAGAAUUUUAUGUCGACUUUACAUACUCAAGCCGGUCCAUAUCCGAAUCCAUAGCACAAAGUAUGUGCGAUCUGCUCUGUGAGACACUCACCAAAAUUUCAGAACAUCCACAUGAGCCUGCUUCCGUGUUGCUGUCUGACACGAAGCCACUAUUACCUCUCCCACUUCCGGAGAGCCAUGCUACACCUGCUGCGUCGGCCAACGGUAUGAAUCAUCAAAACGAUGAACGCAUUGAGGUUCUUGUUCAAUCUAUCUGGUCGAAGGUAUUUGGUGAUGAAAAUGACAGGUUGCCCAAUGGAGUGACAAUGCAGACCCCAUUCUUUGAGAUCAGAGGAGAUUUACUUGCAGCCGCUCAAAUCGCUAUGGAGUAUGAAGUGCAGGGCUUCCAAGUCACUCCUGAAGAUAUCAUUGAGAAUGCUAGCAUGGCACUUCAAGUUGCCCUACUCUCGCUUCUGUGA